AUGGAUCAGAAAUGGAAGGCUUACUAUCAUGGACGUUUUGGAUCAACAGUGGAUCUGAAAGGGAUUGCUUACCAUCAUAGACGUUUUGGAUCAACAGUAGAUCAGAAAUGGUUGGAUUACAAUCAUGGACGUUUUGGAUCAACAGUGGAUCAGAAAUGGAUGACUUACAAUCAUGGACGUUUUGGAUCAACAGUGGAUCAGAAAUGGAUGGCUUACAAUCAUGGACGUUUUGGAUCAACAGUAGAUCAGAAAUGGGUGGCUUACAAUCAUGGACGUUUUGGAUCAACAGUAGAUCAGAAAUGGAUGGCUUACUAUCAUGGACGUUUUGGAUCAACAGUGGCUCAGAAAGGGAUGGCUUACUAUCAUGGACGUUUUGGAUCAACAGUGGAUCAGAAAGGGAUGGCUUACUAUAAUGGACGUUUUGGAUCAACAGUGGAUCAGAAAUGGAUGGCGUACAAUCAUGGACGUUUUGGAUCAACAGUAGAUCAGAAAGGGACUGCUUACCAUCAUGGAACUCGUGUUACAAAGAAUCCUGAUAACGGAAAUAUUCUUGAGCUUUUUUUUAAAAAGAUGAACAGGAUCUUAUCAUCUUAA